AUGAGGGUAGAAGAAGCCAAGGCUAGAAUUCAUGACUUAUAUUCUUUCUUUCUUUCGUUCUUUCUUUCUUUCUUUCUUUCUUUCUUUCUUUCUUUCUUUCACUUAAUCCAUAAUUCCUUUCUUUUUCUUUUUUCUUUUACAUUAUCUCAUAUUUCUUUCUUUUUUUCUUUCUUUCUUUUAUUCCAAAUUUCUUUCUUUUUUCUUUCUUUUAUUUACUUUUUCCAUAUUCUUUCUUUCUUUUUUCUUUCUUUCUUUCUUUCUGUCUUUCUUUUUCUUUUUUCUUUCGUUCUUUCUUGCCUUCUUUUUCUUUCUUUCUUUCUUUCUUUUAUUCCAUAUUUUCUUUCUUUCGUUUACUUUUUACAUACUUCUUUCUUUCUUUCUUUCUUUCUUUUUCUUUUUUCUUUCGUUUUUUCUUGCCUUCUUUUUCUUUCUUUCUUUCUUUCUUUCUUUCUUUCUUUUAUUCCAUAUUUUCUUUCUUUUUCUUUCUUUCGUUUACUUUUUCCAUACUUCUUUCUUUCUUUCUUUCUUUCUUUGUUUCUUUCACUUAAUCCAUAA